AUGGUCGACUGGGUCGGUCUCCUGAUUCCCCUGGCAUACCUGUCCAUCCUCAUAGGUUCUCUCGCCACGUUCAGCUCUCUAUACCGCCGUCGCAAGGCCCAAAAGGCCGCCAACCUUGCGCCAUGGUUCCCUCCCCACCUGCAGCGUAACAUCUACUUGUCGCUCCUGCAUAUCGACCCUCAGGAUCCCUCAUCAACCCCCGAAGGCUCUGAAAAGUCUUUGAACCAAAUCCCUGACAGCAUCAUCCGUGCUGCCCUAUUGCGCCGCGCCGUCGAAGACAUCCAUCGCAUUAUCCAAAUCCGCAACGCAAAGCCCGCCCUUCAGACACUACUACAAAGAGGAAGCGUAGGCGACGAGCUAUGGCAGCGUUUCCAGAGAGCCGAGCAGGAAAUUGAGGAAGAGGUCAAGGAUGUUGUCUCUGAGGCCAAUGCCCUCGUCCCGAACUGGGGUCAGAUCAUCUUCCAAUCAGCCAAUGAAAUCGCCAACAACCAAUUGGCCAAGCAACGCAUGGAGGACAUUCAGUCCAAACUGCCCGAGGAGAAGGCCUGGUGGGACAAGAAGAAGCAAGGAAUCCAGUCCCAAUUCAUGAAGGAGCUCGAUGAUGAAGCUGCUGGCAGCAGAAAGGGCUCCGUCACCUCGGCUUCGAACAGCAGAAAGGGCUCUGUCGCUUCCGUCGCUGGUCAAAAUGAGGAUGCCGUCUUGGUCGAGACGCCAGGCAGCGCGAAGAAGAAGAACAAGAAGUAA